AUGGACACCAACAGCUCCAGAUCGCGCAAGAGAACUCGGCCCAACGAUAAUGAUGGCGUUUCAUUGGCGCAAGUUUUCAAACGACCGAGGAUCGAAGAAAGCCCCGUCAAAUUACAAAAUGAGAGCUACACAAUCGCCUGGAUUUGCGCCCUCCCCAUCGAAAUGGCCGCUGCCAAUGCAAUGCUCGACAGAGUUCAUCCAAGCCUGCCGUCAAAUGCGAAGGAUUCCAACUCAUACAUAUUGGGGAAUGUUGGUCGCCACAAUAUUGUGGUGGCGUGUCUACCAGCAAAUCACUAUGGCACAAACUCUGCAGCAGUCGUGGCCAACAACUUGAUCCGCACAUUUCCCUCUAUUGGCAUCGGCUUGAUGGUGGGAAUCGGCGGCGGAGUGCCUGGUAGUGUCGAUGUGCGCCUUGGUGAUGUCGUCGUCGGUUACAAUGUGGUCCAGCACGACCUUGGUAAAGUCAUUCAAGGCUUUCGAGUUCAUCGAACCGGAACACCAAAAAGUCCUCCUUCCAGCCUCUUGACCGCUGUCUCGAAACUAAGAGCAAUUCACGAGUCCAAUUCAAGCAGAGUUCCAGAUUUCCUUCAACAAAUGAUCUUAAAGUAUCCGAAAAUGACGAAAUAUACUUAUCCGAGCUCAUCACAAGAUCGACUCUUUCUCGCUACCUACUCUCACAGCCCAGAAAGGGCUAACUGCGAUAGCUGUGAUACGUCCAUGUUGGUCUACCGUCUUCCUCGAAUGGACAAUCACCCAGUCAUUCACUACGGUAACGUUGCCUCUGGCAACCAGGUGAUGAAAGACGCAUUCUCUCGAGAUGAAAUCGCCCAGGAGCUAAAUGUCAUAUGCUUCGAAAUGGAAGCAGCUGGUCUAGUCGACGCUUUACCAUGCCUGGUAAUCCGAGGAAUCUGUGACUACUCAGAUUCCCACAAGAAUAAGCAAUGGCAAGAGUACGCAGCAGCAACCGCGGCAGCUUACGCCAAGGAAUUAUUGAUUGAAGCCGUACCAGAGGCCGUGAGAGAGCCACGCUUGAAGUCAAGUAGCUCAUGUUUAGUUGGUACAACAAACUCUUUUGUGUGCGCUUGGCAACUUGUACUCACCAGGAGCGUAUAG